AUGGGAAAUACAAGGAACAUUUUUCAAGGCCUUUCGGCGUUCGCGAUUACCCCCGCUGAUCCGGAUGGCAAGGUCGACACUGCCGCCCUCGGUCGAAUACUUGAGAGGUUAGACAUGCCCGGUAUUGAUUCGAUUGGACUAUUGGGGAGUACAGGAACCUACAUUUAUCUGACGAGGGAGCAACGCAAGGUGGCGAUUGAUGUGGCUAUACGAACCCUGCGGGGUAGAAAACCAAUUAUUGUCUCUGCUGGUGCGCUUCGGACGGACGAUGCACAGCAUCUAGCUAAAGACGCAGAGGAAGCAGGCGUCGAUGGGCUGCUACUUGCACCUGUCUCGUACAAUCCGUUGACUGAGGAAGAGGUCUACCGGCACUAUGAGUCAGUUGCUGGCUCUACCACGCUACCCAUCUGUAUCUACAAUACUCCGAGCACGACGCAUUUCACCUUCAGUGAUGCACUUCUUGCUCGCAUUGCCGGGUUGCCAAAUGUCGUUGCGCUCAAGCAGCCCGCCCCCAUCAAUGAGCCGAAAGGAAGGCACGAAGCGCUUCGCGCAAACCUUCCCUCUGGUUUUUCUGUCGGAUACAGUGCGGACUGGCUGGUGGCCGACUCGUUAAUGGCGGGAGGCUCUGUAUGGUACAGUGUGAUUGCGGGCGUGCUUCCGGCACCGUCUGUCGCGCUGAUGGAUGCCAUUCGCAGAGGGGACGACGCCGAAGUGAAGCGCAUCUCGGCUCUCCUUGAGCCCAUCUGGGAACUAUUCAAAGAGUUCGGUGACCUCAGGGUGGUCUACGCACUCGCAAACGAGCUUGGCCUCUGCAAAGCAGCCCCCCCUCGGCCUAUUCUUCCCAUAGCCGCCUCGCAUCACCGUCGGAUUGUCUCGGCGUUAGCAAACGUUAAUGAAAGCAUGAAGGUGCCAUCUUGA